GACAGCCAGUAGAGUGACCUAUCAGCGACGGGAAAUUUCCACCCAAGGCGUGUACUUCAUGAAUAUCUAAACAGAAAGCGCAGAAGGGUAGAUUGGUUCGGUUCACAAUUGUUUUGGCGAAACUAAUUUUUGAAGAGGUCUCACAGCGGUAGGACUAUCACAACAAUCGACGAACUUCAAGGAAACGUCCAACUUCUAUAGCAAUUAUUUGCGCGGAACCGGCCCUUAAGCAAUUAUGCCUGGAGAAGCGACAAUUACAUUAACCCUUGCGCCAAACUCGGGACAAGCUAAGCCGUUCCCUUUUGUUUUGAAGAAAGUCAUGGAUAUUCCUCCACCCAAUAUCCUUGACGAGGGCGAUGAUGAGAUCAAGAAAGAGAAGCUAUGCCUGGUCGAGCGCACCGAGUCAGGAAGUGAUGCGGCCAACGGUGCUGGCAGCACGGCCAGCGGCGGAGGGGCAGGGGGCGUUUCAGCCUCCCUGACCCCCGCUAUCUGGGAGAAAACCAUCCCGUAUGACGGCGAGAACUUCCAUCUGGAGUACAUGGACCUGGACGAGUUUCUUCUGGAGAACGGCAUCCCCAUUUCCCUCGAGGAGGAGCUACAACGCAGCCUGGGACAGGAGCAGGGCAGCGAAGGGAGCAGUGGCGCUGACGAGGCCAAGUCAUCUUUCUCCUCUAAGACGCCGGCCACUUCGAAGGCUGCUCAGCCAGAAGCCACAGACCCACCACAGGCAACAGCUGAGGAGGAGAAGAAGAAGAAAAAGGAGGAACAGCAGGACAGGGAGGAUGAGGAGCAAGAGGAAGAUGAGGAGGAAGAGGAUGACACUGAAUCUCUGACAGAUGCCAUCGAAUUAGAAGCUGCACAAGUUGAAGCAGGUAAAUCUACUAAGGAAAGAGUCACCCCAACACCCCUUGACCCAGAGGAGAUUGAGGUGGAUGUGAACUUCCAGCCAGACCCCACUGAUCUGGUCCUGUCGAGUGUGCCGGGGGGUGAGCUCUUUAACCCUCGCAAGCAUCGCUUCUCAGAGGACGAGCUAAAGCCCCAACCCAUGAUAAAGAAGGCCAAGAAGGUGUAUGUUCCUGAUGAGCGAAAGGAUGACAAGUACUGGUGCAGGAGGAAGAAGAACAAUGUGGCAGCGAAGCGCUCCCGCGAUGCACGCCGGCUGAAAGAGAACCAGAUUGCCGUGCGGGCGUCUUUCCUGGAGCGGGAGAACGCGGCACUGCGGCUGGAGGUGGCCGAACUGCGCAAGGACUAUGGCCGGUGCAAGAACGUCAUCGCCCGCUACGAGGCCAAAUACGGUCCACUCACUGUGUUGGAGAAUCAGGACAAGGACAUGUGAAGCAAUGAUUUAUUGAUUUAUUCAUGACGGGAGAGGGUGAACCAGAUGAAUAAAUGAAUAAAUGGUGUGGAUGACAACUAAAGCAGAUGGACGUCUUGGUAGGAAUCUCGUACAGAAGAGGACAAAAUGGUGUGAGGGGACUGGGUGUCUAUAAAAUGUGUGUGUUCCUCAGCACCUCAGUAGAUGUGUGUGACGGUCCGUGGUAAUGGUGACUGUGGCCCUCAGAGUUCUUUCUUCCUAAAUCACCAAUGGGCUGUGUGUGUGUCUGCAGGAGAGGUUUUUGUACUGUCCUUCCCUUGUUCACACAAAUGCUUUGUGUUUGCCCUUUCCCACUGUUUUGCGCUCUCAAUUGUGUGUGUGUGUGCUUGAUGUGAGGGUGAGGACAUUGGAGAGGGAUAACUCGACUGAAGCAGUUGCUUUCUCAAUAGUAAUAUUUACAUGGGUCUUGCAUGCCCAUCUGUAAAAUACAGUUUGAGACGUGUAAGGAGAUCCUUGUAAGAACUAGCCCUGUCUACUGUGUUCCUGCGAUGGCAUCAGAAAGGCUAAGAUGACCUUUUUUUGGCAAGGACAUUGUUGGAGGCAGAUUGCUUUACAGAUUACAAACAUGUCUGUGGUCUGGCAUAUCAGGUAGAUAUAAAAGGGAACAAUUAUCUGUUAUCUAAGCUGUAAAUAGGCCUGUUUUUUGUUUCAGUGUGAUGAACUAGUAAUAUCAGCCAAUGCCUGAGAAUUUGUACCUUACUGAUGUAAAAAUCUGUUGAUUUAGUAAUAAUGUGCAUCUCUUAUUUGAUGCAUCUAUUGAUUUUGAUGUGCACAAAUAAAUUCUACGACAAUAA